AUGUUCACCCUCAAUCUCCUCGUCCUCAUCAUCUCCGUCACCCUCACUGCCCUCCCACGCUUAGGCUAUGCGCACAACAUCCAAAUGAAAGCGCACUCGCGCGAGUGCUUCCACGAAGAGCUGCACAAGGAGGACAAAAUGACCGUCACAUUUCAAGUCGGCGAUCGGGAGUUUGGUGGUAGCGGCAAUCUCGACAUUGACUUUUGGGUUCAGGACCCAGCCGGUGGCUUCCCAGUCAAAGAGACCACCGUGAGCUCUGGCGACCACUCCUUCGAAGCACAGCAGGACGGAAAGUACACCUACUGCUUCAGCAAUGAGAACUGGGCCGCCAAUAGCAAGGAAGUGUCCUUCAACGUUCACGGCAUUGUCUACGUCCCUGAAAGCGAGGCGAGUCAGGACCCGCUGGAACGGGAAGUCAAGCAACUGAACGAAUUGCUCGCACAAGUCAAGGACGAACAAUCCUACAUCGUCGUUCGUGAGCGCAUGCACCGCAACACCGCCGAAUCCACCAAUAGUCGAGUGAAAUGGUGGUCCAUCUUCCAGCUCGGCGUGCUCUUAGGCGAAGGCAUCUUCCAAGUCUGGUGGUUGAAGCGCUUCUUCGAGGUCAAGGACCCCAGUCGCCCGAGUUAUAACAAGGGUGCGUUGGGCUGA